AUGAUAUUAUACUUAAUACAUAAGACAUUGGUGUUUGUUGUGCCUAUUGUUGCACUACUAGUAGCAUCAGUAUUUGAUUAUUAUAUAGCAGCCAGACUCUCAAUACUACUUGUUACACAUCGUAUACUAUUGUUGGGUGCAACUGCACUAUUCCCUACACUUUGGGAUACAUUCUGGUUCGUCGUUGAACUACCUCUACUCAUUGCAUUACUAUCAUGCUAUUACUUGUUGCCUAGAUACUUGAUCGACAGCUAUCUUGUAUUGUUGGAUUGGACUGGACCAGCAUUGAUCAUCGUCGAGGCCAUUCAAUCAAUCAACUUCAUUGUGUUUGUCAACCGAGCUCUGAUGAACAAGACCAUGGACCCUUCGUAUGAUCUACCAAUCAAGGUACUCUCUGUGAUUGCAUCACUGGUAUCAUACUUGGUUGGCAUCUUUAUAUUCUAUCAACUGUUCACCAAUGAAUCAACACUCACCUUUGUCAAUGUUGGCUUCUUGUCAUCGACAAUAACAUUACUGGUCAUAUUAAUACCAUUCAUGGUCGUGGUCGAGGACUCUAUGUUGCUGGACAUUGCACUGAUCACAUUGUUUGUGGCACUUCAAUGCUUCUCCAAUCUAUUUGGAAGUGUUGCCACAUCAUCAGGCUAUCAAUACAUUCUAAAGAUCAUGUCCAUUUGUUCAUCUACCAUCAUACUAGUGUCCCUUCCAAUGAUCUAUGGACGUUCCUCAUCAUUCUCACAGAGCACUGCAUUUGGUGACUUGGAUGAAUCAGACUACAAGGAGAGCAUAUACCAAUUGGUACAGAUGGUGAUCAUCAUUGCUCUGACCUACUUGCCAUUGACAUACUUUGGACAUAUUUCAACCGUUUCCAAACUGUUACAGUAUAGUCAGAUUGUGAUACAGAUAUCACUUUAUGUAAUCACAUGCAUAAAUAACACAAAGGAGCAUAUCAACUAA